AUGGAAGCUGACUCAAUGAAAUUCCAUGCAGCACUUAUAGAUAUGUGCAUUUUAGCUUCAAAAGAUAAAAAUCUACACUUUUCAGAAAUGAGCCAGAAGUAUAAAGAAGAAAGAGGCCAUGAUUUCACUAGAUUUCUACUAAUUGAAAACAAAGGCUCAAUAUACGUUCUCGCUGAUCAUGAAAGAUUAGAUUAGAUUAGAUUAAAAGUUAUAAUGGGUCUUUGGGGUUUAUUUCAGCCCCUCGCCGCCUUCACUGACUCCAGGCUCGCCCAAGGAAUUGGAUUGCUUAUGCACUUUUCACCCAUGUCCUCAAGCGAAGUAGCUCAGGCAUGAGCCGCCUUAGUCGGCAACACUGCUCCGGAGGCGCGUACUGGAGAUCGAGGCUGACUGGCCCCAGACGGUCGGCGGGCCCUAUGCGGCGAAGAAGCAGCGGGAAGCUCUGGGAGGGGUUACCCCGUGAAUGGCGUUAAAUACAAAACCUAAUAAGUUAAGCUUAUGCACUUUUCUGCCGACUUCGCCAUCUCUUAGGGAUACGCAUAGGUACUUCCUUAACAACUCCUAGCGGUCGGCAUGAUCUACAUUGGGAUGGAAGAUAGGGCACGACCCCGAAUCCUCCUUCUGAUCCGCAUUAUCCUUCACAUCCAGAAGUGUGGGGUUGUCUUAUGGACUCUUCAGUGCGGGUAAAACCCCUGUUGUGGAAUCCCGGCCAGGGAUAAAGAAGCAACCCCGUCACAAAUUUCAGUACCGGCCCCUAAAAUCCAAACACACAAGAGGGUAUGGAGAAGGACGGACGGAUAGGUUGCCAUUUUAUUUGUGUCUGAUCAUGAGAGAAGAGAAUUAUAUUAUGUGGUAAUUGGCUCGAUAUUCGUUGAAGGACUGCAGCUUUAUAUAAAAAAAGUGUCGAUUGAUACUUUUAGUGCUUUAGAAGUGCUUGAAAAACGGAAAAAAGAGUUUAAAAAUUAUGAUAUAACUGGGGUUGGAUACUCAUCUGGAGCAUGCAUUGUUGGAGCUCUUGCAGAUAUUAUAAAACAAAUGAGAGCAAUUUGCUUCAAUCCUUUAGGCUUAGGUGAAAUUGCAUUAAGGAAUAUAAACUCAUUAAAAAAAUUUGGCCUUACUCCAGAUCCGAUUGAUAUAGAAGUAUACAAAAUUGAGGGAGACUCCCUAUCAAAAUACUACAUUUCCCCAGGAGACUCUAACAGAGUGCAUUUUCUGCCAAACCGACCCGGCUUGCACCCUCACUCUAUUCUAAAUUUUCUGAACUACCAAAUUCCAGAAAUCCAUAUAUCGACUUCAAAGUACUUUCCAACUAUCAAAAAGAUUUCUUUUGACCCAAAAUCUGGGUUUCUGCUCAUUGAGACAGAAAAAUCUGAUGAAAAUUUGUAUAUAGAAGGAGACUUGGCGACGAUAUUUUAUAUGGCAUAUGAGUAUCCAAAACGAUUUAGCUUUACCUUGGUCCCAAGUGACCCAAAAGCACCUCAAGGGCCAUAUCAAAGGAAAUUCUAUGAUCCUCCUGAGCUGGAGGAUACAACUGUUGGGAGUGCAUUGUUUGAGGCAGACUGAAAGCUGAAACAACUAGACCAAGGACUGUGGUUUGAUGACACAACCCAGCAAAGAUCCCCUAUAUCUCUUGAUAUUCCCUGGUUCAAGAGCGGUUAUGAUUAUUAUGCAUCAGAGCCUGACCAUAAAGGCUUCAUAAGACUGUGGUUUGUGAACGACAAAGUAGAUUUUGAUUAUUUUAAUGCUGAAGAUGGAAUUGUAAUUGAUCCAAAAGACUUCAAAAUACGUGUCGAAGCAAUGAAGCUUCAGAUGAAUGUGAACUCUGAGUUUGGCUUAGAAGACACAAAUGAGGAAACUAUCACGAAAGAAUUUGCAGCCUAUGUAACUGAUCAUUUUGAUGAAUUAGCAUCAUUAAUACCAGAAUUUCACAGGCUUAAACAAAUAUCAUUAUUAUCAGCAGCUGCUGAGUGGUUUCGAGAUGUCCUUAAAGUCCCUAAAGAUAUGAUUGACACACAAAGCUUGAAACUGAGAAUGCCCAAAGUUGAGGAUUUUUACCCUAAAGGCCAAGUUCCAAGAAUCCAAAGAAAAGAGCAAAGAAUUGAAGGAGACUAUGCAAUGACUCUUAUAAUUACUGGAGGAAUAAAUUUGAUAUCCCAGAAUACCGAGUACCAUUACGAAGCACAUCUCCAAGAAAUUUUGACAAGAGAUAUAGAGGUCCUUUCUCCAUUUCAUAUAACUCACUAUGACUAUGUAAAUGAUUUAUUAGAGUAUGAUGAGAGCACUGAGGAUGAAUUUAAUGAAAACGAGCCUGUAAUGUGCUUAGUGCAGCUGAUGCAGCCUCAUAAUUGUUCUUAUGAAGGCUGCAACUCAAUCGUUGAGUUCGAUUCUAAAACAAUAGAGACAACAUCAGAUUCCAACGCAGUUUAUAAUGAAAUCAAUAAAUAUACAUAUUUAGGAAUGCUCUUUCACACGACUCCGACAUCACAAAAAUUAAUUUUUUGGCCUAUUUUUUUGGCUUUUUUUAGCCUAUGUUUUAGCACUAAAAAUUUUAUAUAAUUUUUGCCAAGAUCAAUAGACGAAAAAAUUGAUUAAUCACCUAAAAAUAAUCAAUAUUGAAUCAUUUCUAAAGCAAAUGUACCAAGGAUCAAGGUCCAAAAAUUAAAUAAGCUACCAAAAUAGGCCAAAAAAAUAGGCCAAAAAGAUAGACCAAAAAAAAUAGCUAAAAUUAGGCCAAAAAAUAAGCCAAAAAUUAGACCAAAAAAAUUAGACCAAAAAAAGUGGUUGCUGAGUAGGCGUCGUGCGAGGUUACGAUUUAGGAAAACUUUAUUGUCUCGAGCAUCAUCCAUUCAGAUGCGGCAGUGAAAAUUGUCAGCUUGGAAAAGUUGUUAUAUCAGGCCAACCUUACUUUGAAGCACAAGGGAAAACAUUCCAUUCAGAAUGCUUAAUUUGUUACGCAUGCAAAAAGCCAAUUAAUACUAGUAUUGUGUUAAAAGAAAGAGGAUUUUUGCAUCCGCAGUGCGUAGCUUUGGAUAUUCAAAUGGGCCAAGAGCAAAAGAGCGAAGAAGUAAAAAAAAAUGAUGAAAAUUUUGAAAUUAGAAGAAAAAAACCAAUUAAAACUAAGGAAAAUACAAAAUGUAAAGGAGCUUCUGAUAGGGUCAUGAAGAUGGCUGAAGAAGAAAAGGCUCCUGAAAAGCAAAAGGCUGGCGUCUUAAAUGCAGGAAAUGCGAGAGUUGAUGAUGGUUUUGUAAUAAAUCGAAAAAUUCCACUACCAACCACUCCAAAAGCAAAAACUAAUCAGCCAAAAUUAAUUGGAAGUAGUCCUUUGGAAAAAGAACAAUCAAAAAAAGCAAUUGAAGGAUUAAAGGGUAAUUCUUCUAAAAUUCAGCCUGCAAAAAAGCCUGCUGAAGAAUUAAAAAACAGAGAACCUGUAAAAAAAUCAUCUGAAGAGUUAAAGAACAAUUCACCAAAAAAGGAGCCAGCAAUUAAAUCAGUAGAAGAAAAGAAGUCUCCUGCUCAACAAAAUAUUUCUAAUAAAAAAUUGCAAGAAGACUUCAUCGUUAAAAAGAAAGCAUCAGCAACUCCUAUAGCGAAAACUACAAAAGGCUCCAGCUUUGCAGAAACAUCAUCAAAAUCAAAUGCUGCAAAUACUCCAAAAUCAAAGCCAAGCCAAAACGUAAGAAAAUAA